CCACGCUGCAACAAAACGUGCGAGUGUGAGUGUGAAUUUUUCAAUAAAAAAAAAACGAUUUCGUGUCAACUGAAGAUCACGAUGAUCUCGAUCGAUUAUCCGCUGUAGUUCACAGGUGAAAAUUACAAGAGUCCGGAUACAUUCUAUAAUUCAAUUUUGUGGAGACAACCAGUGACAGCAUCCAGUCAACUCUCGAAUGCAUUCCUGAGAUUCCGGAAUUGCUCCAGAGGUUCAUCAGUGCCACAUUCGGAUUAACGGACUUCGACAAGUACUCGUCAAUGACACGACAAGAAUGUGAAAAACUAUUGCAUGAUCUAGAUGAUCCAAAUGGGCAGUAGAGGCCCAUUAUGACCCACUUCGAGGAACCACUGCAUCAGCACGAAUUUCUACCCCUGUGCGAUGUUCUGUUCAACAUAAUAUCACUGGCAUCCUAUUUCUGUGAUGUUGUUUUCGAUCUGGCAAUGGGGUACGCUCUAGCGAAUCAUCCAACAGCUCCAGCGAUUUUUUUUCCACUGAGCGUUGGAUUCGUCGUCGUCUCGUUGUUGAUCUCGCAGAUCAUCAGCAUGCGGUGGUACCUGUGGGGUGCCCGAGGAAAAUUAACAAUUCACGUGUCAUCGGAGAAUCAAAAUUCCCAUAAAAAAAAAUUCAAGUGGACUGUCUGGUGUGUCAUCGUUCUCCAUGCCACGCAAAUUGGUGUCUUGUGGAGAUACUUUAAAUUAUUUAUUCCAGUUAAUCUGAGUUUCGUUAAGCACGAGGUUCGAGAGCUGUGCGUUCUUCGUCUGAUUCAUGCAUUCUGUGAGGCAGCCCCAAUGCUGUUGCUGCAGCUGUACCUGCUCUCGAUAGGAAUUGGCAACAACGUGAUAAAAGAGGGAAGAACAGAGUUGGAAUCUGAAACGUGGGAUGCCAGCAAGCUGGGGGAAUUAACAGCUGUGUCAGCAGGUCUCUCCCUGUGGAGUGUCUGUUGGGCAGUGGCGAGUUUCAGCAAAGGUGCAGCAAGACUGAGAAAUCUAGAACGCCUAGUUCUCACUUGGCUCGGAGUUCUGGCACAACUUGCUUGGCGUCUGGGAACGGUGAGUGCAAGGGUUGGAGCCCUUGUGGCAUAUGCAUCUCUGUAUGGAGGCCAGUGGCUGCUGAUUGUCAUGGCUUUGCACUGGCUCUCGAUGCUCAUGUGGCUCCUCCUCACUCCCGAUGGCCUUUUCCACGGUGGUGAACGACUAUCAUUCACCCGAAAAACAUUUCUCGCCUCUUUACUGGCCUUCGUCUACAUAUUUGCCUAUGUCAACCUCCACGAGACAAAUCAUCGACAGAAAAUGCUCAUUUUUUACACUGUCAUGUUCCUGGAGAACAGCCUGUUGAUCGGUGUCUGGGCAGUUGGGAUUAAUGAGGAUCAUUAUCGAUUUACCAAUCAGCCCAAGCCGGUGAUCCUCAUUCUGAUCCUUAUCGCCCUCUUCUUCGGGGGAUUGUGCUUCAUGGCUUUGUAUUAUCGAUUCUUUCAUGUCAGGAGAUUGAGGUACGAGGCUGGGGGGCGAAUGAAUGGAAAUAGUGCUGCAACAACACUCUCCAGUCAUGGCAAUAACGAGGAGAAACGACUGGAUUACUACGAUACGAAGAAGUUAUCCAACUCCUUGAGCAUCAGUAUGCAGAAGGUGAAAUUGAGCAACAACGGAAUCCCCGGGGUGUUCAACUGCCGGUUCGCCAACCCGGCGGUGUCUAAUCUCAACAGAAAGAAGAAGAAACCAACAACUUUCGUUCCACCACCACCACCCCCUCAGGCCCUUGGUGACACAAAGCACUGGAAUAAUAAUAAGACGAAUACCAAGCAGUUGAUACCAUUCUGGAAACGGCCGCUGUCGACAGCCGAUAAUUACGACGACGAACGCGAGAAGAAGACUGAUGUAGACCGUCCAAUGGGUUCAUUAAACAUCAAUUUGAUCCGAGAAAAAUUGCGAGAGAAGAAGCAGCAGCAGUUGCGAGAAUUGCGUGCUAUUCAGGAGGAAAUCCGAGAGGGAAAGCUAGUGCCACCCCCGUCGGCGUCGACGUCAUCACCGUCAUCGUCGAUUUCAGCUGCUCAUCAGCAGCCCCCACCGAGUGCCAAAUUGCACACAUCGCCGAACACCACAUGUCCAGUGUCCUCGUCCUCUCCUCUGCGUGAUACAGGAAUACCAUUGACAUCCUGGCCACCCAUCAAAAUGCACUGCUUGCUCCCACCACCGCCUUCUUCAUCCUUUCAUCCGGUAGCACAUGCCACCAAUAUUUGGAAGGACAUCUCUCAGUGGGAGAGACCAGACACUUCCGAGAUUCUGUUGGCCCCCAGGUGCUUGCCACUGGCGUCAGGGCAUCAUUAUCCUCACUGGACAUCUGGACACAGUCAAAAUGAGGAGGAUGAUAGUUCCAAGGGAGAGCCAGAGGCUGGUGAGGACCUCAGUGACAUGGAGGGGAGUCAAAUUUCCCUUCCGAAGAGUCACACUCUCCCUCGAGAGUUCAAAUAUAAUAACGAAGGGAGUCAACCACGAGAACGUCGUGCUCACGUCAACAAACCCUAUUCCUCGAGGUUUCAGCCUGGGAACAAUAGCUCUGAUGGGGAUGUUGAUAGUGCUGAUAAUGAUGAGGAGACAGAUUCAGAGGUGCAGGGGAACGUGAGAAAUCUGCAUGCUCUAAACCACGAGCACGACGUGCAGAGACGUUUUGCAUUUGCCAACGAAGAAGCGGUGGAUCAUGGGAACUCGGUAACGAAUAGUGUACUCACGUCCAUGGGAACUCUCGGCUGUUAUUUAAAUAAUUCGUAUGGCUCCAGGGUCAAUCCACUGCUCAAGCUCAAAGUCAAGCAUGAGACUAAAUUGUGAAGCUUACGUCGAAUUGUUAUCCUUUAGCUAUUCAGUUUUUCAUUAAUCAAGGAGAAAUGAUAAGACUGGAAAUUUAACUUGAGAAGAGCAACCCCUGCGACAAUACGGAGAAUUCAAUUCCGUCCACGACGUUAUAAUGAUUAUUGUUCGUAUUGAUAUUGUAUUUCCACAUUAUAAAAAAAUUCAGUGGAAAAAUCCAACGGAAUUCAGUCGAAUUUUUAAAAAGUCGAAGGUUUUUUCAAGGAUUUUUUUUUCACACGUGGACUUUUUUGGUCGAGUUACCCGAUGAUAUAACUAUUUACUCAUUAAAUUAAAAUGUCGUACGAAUCAGACUGCCAGUAAUUUAAACCCGUACUUGGAUGUUUCGAUGCGCUAGGUAUUUAGUGCAUAUUGUUUUAUAGAUAUUCUUUUAUACUAUUUGUAAAUAAAACGUGCCUUAUGCUGAACCCCCAAUGUCGGAGGAAAUAAAUAU